AUGAGCCACCAGAUCCUGCUACUCCUGGCCAUGCUGACCCUGGGCCUGGCUAUCUCUCAGCACCGAGACCAAAUGCCCUGUAGGACGUUUCCUCCUGUGUGUCGAUGGGAGGUGGAGUUGGGUGGCACGUCCUUUCCCCCAUCAGGGAGAAAGCAGAGCAGUGGCUGA